AAAGGAUAAAUAUUAGGUUGGGAGGAAAAUUGGCUAAGGAAAUACAAUGAAAUGCACUAAAAGAUAAGCUUUUUAUAACAUCUAUGUUAUUGUAUGAUUUGAAGUUUCUUUUAUUUUUUUCUUGGACAUAAGCAUAUAUCCAAAAACCAACCAAAAUUUGAAAACUGUCUACAAUGUUUGAAUAUUCUCCUUGUCAACGUCAAAUAGUAAAUUCAUAUAUUUAUAUAUACACACACAAAGAUAGUCAGCAAUGUAUACCUUCCAAUUAUCUUUCAGGUUAUAUAUUAUUGUAAAGAGAUGAGGGAUUUGGAUUUGAAUACCUUAGACCACCAUGGUGAAACCAAGAAAGAAGUAGCUGUGAAUAAGGACUCCAACCCAGAAUUUUCUGAAGACGAAGAAAUGCUCGUGGAAAGAAUGUUCAGUUUGCUUGGACCAAGGUGGACAUUGAUUGCUGGAAGAAUACCAGGAAGAACAGCAGAAGAGAUUGAGAAGUUCUGGAAUUCAAAGAAGACUUUAGCUACAGAGAAUAAACAUUUGGAUCCCAAGUUCCAAGAGCCUACAAAUAACAAGUAGAGAUAUAUAUAUAUAUUGUAAAUAUGUUUUUAAUAAUUAUGUAUUGUACUGUGUGUAUGGUAGUCAGUAAUCAGUCAUAGUGAAUAGAAUGAUUCUCAGUUGUAAGCAUCUAUGUAUUAAUUAUCAUUUGUUUUUCAGUAAUUGAAUCUGUUGAGGGAAAAAUCCCUGCUUUUGUUUGAACGAA